AGCAGCAGCAGCAGCAAAACAAAAGGGGUCCAGACCGAUUAGUUGCCGACAAAGACGAAUGGGACGACCUUCCAUUCGUGCGUGGUGGUGCGGCAUCCCCUCAGCACCUCGCUGCCCACCAAGCCGAUCAUCACCGGGGACCAGCAUAUCCACGCCCGCAGCAGCAUUCGCCGCGCCAGCAGCAGCAUCCGCCGAAACAGCAGCAGCAUCCGCCGAAACAGCAGCAAUAUCCUCCGCCGAAACAGCAGGCCCGCAACGCUCCCCAGCAGCGAAAGCGUUCCCGAAGCAGCGGCGAUCCCUCAGCAGCGUCGAAAAUGUCAACAGCGGCGGGACAAGCAGUUGGGCAAUCAUCAUCGUCCAAUCCAGGCAGCAGGCUGCUGUCUCGCGCAGUCACGGUCCCUUACCCCGCGCAUUCAGGUCCGGGAGCAGUAGCGCCGACACUGGUGGCCAGCCAGGAACAUCAGCAGCAGCAGCAGCAGCAGCAGCAGAAGAAGAAGAAAGAAAAGGAGCCGGUGAUGUGCAGAGGGUUUGCGGCCGGAUACUGCUCGGCUGGGGUCGGGUGCUUCGACGUCCACGAUGGUUGGGCUUGCGAGGAGCGGCGAACAGCAUGGCUCGCCGGCGGCCGACUUCCCGACCCGCAGCCGCCGAGGUGGGGCUUGAUGAUCGAGACGGCAUCGAGAGGCGGUGGCCGCUACGGCGGCCUGCCGGGAAUUGCCGCCGGGGUACCCCCCGUUCUUGUGAUCGCAGACGUCGCCAACAAGAACAAGAUCACCGAGUUUGUCUGUCUCGCCAUGGAAGCCGCCACGGGACGGCAGCUCGGCCGGUUCGCUCGCUUUGUCCGGGUGGUGCCGACACCAAAACCACCGGCUGCACCAGUGGCAGCACUGCCCGCGCAAGUGGUGGUGGCCUCGGCAAUGCCACCUCACCAGCUGCAGCUCCAGCCGCCGCCGCCGCAGCAGCAGCUGCUGCUGCAGCUGCAACCCCAACAGCUGAUGCAACAACCUCAGCAGACGCCACUGUUCGGGGACGGGGUCCCAGGAGGGAUUGCUGUUGGUGACGGCGUCGUAACUGGGGGGGUGUCGAACCCGCUUUCCUCAGCAUUGCCGCUGCCAGACGUGCUCCAGGAGUUGCAACAGUGGAUGGCUUCAAUCGGGCUGAACCCAGGCCCAAGGGACGCAGCGGGGUUCAGCGAGCGCGGAAAUUUCAGGUGGGUGGUGACCCACGGAUCCGGGUUCCACCAUCUGCCGGAGUUGAUCGGGCAGCACAAGCUGCAGCUGCCGGACCACCUGCGCUCCUGGACCGACGCGGCGCGCAUGUGCGGAUGGGAAGCCGAACGACUAAACGUCCGCAUCGCAGCCUACAACGCUGAGGCCACCGGGCAAGGAGGAGGCGGCGGCGGCAGCGGUGGCCGCUGCGCGCCGCGUUCGGGGUCUCGAGGGGCGGGGGCGGCGGCGGAGUCGGCGGGAGCGAGGAGUCGGGGCAAGAAAAAACCGAUGAUUAAGCACUCGCUGCCGCAGUCGGGCCUGCCCGGCAUGCUCAAGUUUCUCGGGUGCCCCAAGGAGCCGGACAUCGCGCACCGCACCCGGCGCGGCAUGAAGGUGGUCGAAUCCCUCGCCCAAUGCGUGGUGUGCAUGGUGCGCCUCGGGAUCCCGAUACCGGUGACCUCUCGCAUCACCCAGGAGUGGGCUGGCGGCGGGGGUUACGCGGGCUGCCACCACGACGAACUCUCGAUCGACGAGCCCCAGGUGGUGCUGAAGGUGGUGCGGUACGGCCCAGAUGGCUUGCCCGUCGACGGUGCCGUGGCCGCCGCCGGGACGGGGCCGAUCGUGCGGCUGGGGCCUCAGGUGGUGGUGGGAGGAGGAGCGCUAAUUGUGAAUGCUCCGAAUCCGACCGCCGGAAUCAAUGGGAGCGCUAGCGGGGCGCCGACGCAGCAGCAGCCGCACAAGGCAAAGAAGAAGAACAAGCGGGGCAGCGCCCACAACGGCGUGAGCGCAAAUGGCGUGUAUGCCGAGGGACCUCCUUUCGUGGGCGGCCCCGCCCAGCAGCAGCAGCAGCAGCAGCAGCUCGGGCCCGGUGCACGUCCAGGUGACGGGCUGGGAGUAGGGCCGCAGUUGCAGAAUGGAGCAUCGGGAGGAGGAUGGGUUGGCGAGGCGGCCGGGGUUGGAGGCGGUAGAGGACAGCCGAUGCCGCACUGGCGACAAAACGCUCCCAUCAACUCGCUAGCCCCCGAUUACCUAGACUACUUCGUCCGGGAGAGGGAGCGCCAGUACUACAAGUCUGCAGGGAUCCUCCCGUACCGCCGUGAUCCCUCGUCGGGAGAGGUGUGGGUGCUGGUGGGCAGCGAGAUCCGGAAGAACAAGCUGGUCGUGAGCUGCUUGGGGGGGAAGAGGGAAGACAGCGAUGCCGGACCGGAGCACACCGCUUGGCGGGAGUUCUGGGAGGAGUCCGGAAAGGUCCUCGGCGACGACGAGCGCGCGAAUUUCUUAACGACCUGCUUCGAGGGCCGCGCCCGGGCGAUGUGGAUUCAGAGCGCGAAGAUGGCCGUGAUCGCGUGCGAGCUCGGCAGCCCGGACCUGGUGUCACUGCCCCGCCGCUUCGGGCUCGGCGGCCCUGGCGUCGACAAGCGAGACACGUCGAUGAUCGCCCUGCACUGGAUCUCCGCCACGGAGCUCCACAACGCCUGCAACAAGCGCGGCGGGACGGUGGUCGUCUGGGGGCCCGCAGUCCCGCAGCAGAGCGCGGCCCCGUCCCCGCAGCAGCAGCAGCAGCAGCAGCAGCAGCAGCAGCAGCAGCAGAUGAAUGGGACGGGGGAGGAGCGGCCGGGCGGCCUGAGUAGGCGGCAGCAGAAGAAGCUGCAGCGGGAGGCGGGGCGAGGAGGCGGCAGGGGCAGUGGCGGGGGCGGAGGUCGCGGUGGCCGCGGUGGCCGCGGUGGCCGCGGCGGCGGGAACGGAACGGCGGCUUCUCUACAGCUUCCCUUACACCAGCAGCAGCAGCAGCAGCAGCAGCAGCAGCAGCAGCAGCAGCAGGUGCAUCCGAUGGCCCCGCAGAUCGUGCCCACCGCGGUCGAGCCCUAUCCGCUCCUGAAGAGCCUCGUGGCUGAUCAAGCCUUCCAGCUGUUCUUCGCCCAGCUCGCGGCCGCUGGGAACAGCAAUCAGCGUUUUGUCCCGGUGUUGAACGGCACGGCGUAGAACGCUGCGUUUGCGAUGGAUUUGUCAUGUCCUGGUUGGUUGGAUCCGGAGCGCCUGGAAGGAGGGACGGCCUUGGGGGAGCAACAGCGGAGGAUGGACGGAACCCAGUGGCUGCAAAGAGAGUUCAUGGUGUAUGCAUUCGAAACAUGCUGCGCAUGUUUCGGUGUGGUUGAGUGGCCCGGGAUUUGCUCGGAAUCGGGUAACAACGAGCUUUGCAGCGCGUCGCUUCCAAUGGAGACCAGGAUUUCAUUAGCGAGAAAAAACUCACUCUGUCGGGACCGUGUAUGUAUACUCGUGAAGAAGGCACGGGGUGCGUCCAGCUGUGCUCGAUGUAUGCACCCGUAGGCGCUGACGAUUGGUAGUGCGUUGGUUUUAUUUUUUUAGGUGUUUUUGGAGAUGGAAGCCGUGAUUUUUAGCCGUAACUCUGUGCUGUACCGCUCAGUGAGCACCUCUGCACGGCAGGGCGGACAGCGCCCCGUUCGUUUGGGAGCAACGCCUCUCUGUGUUUUGGUGCCGCAAAGAUUUCUAGCGCUAGUAAAUACCAUGGUAUAUUUUAGAACAAAGUAAACCACGCGUGUGGCGAACCAAGCAUCGCAAUACGGGGG